GUGAAAUAACACAAAUUAAAAACAGAAUCCAGGUUGUGUUUACUGUAGAUCCACGGUGUGUUUAGAUAUGCACUAAUAUAAACAGGGAAAACAGGUCAGUUAAAUACAGGCUCGUACUAAAAUUCACAAGAAAAGAGACUUGUGCUUCACUACUUGUUGGUUAUUGUUUGUGCAUUAAAUUAUGUGGAUUUGUUUGUAUAAGAAUGUCAGGGAUCUACAGUAUUUAUUACAAACAAUGUCUUUACACAGGUAAACAUAAAGAAGGUAACAGACCCCCCCAAGUGCACAUCCAUAAUCAACUCACCCGCCUCACACAAAGGCGAACUUAGAUACUGGCUGAUAAGCCAUUCUCAUCAAAGCAAAGGAGAAACAUAAAGCAGAAACGUUACUUAAAGCACCAGAAACAGAACAAUCAUUGUGCCAGUUUGCAAGGGACCAAUUAUAUCUAAAGCUCAGUUAACAUAACAUACAUAUAAAUCAAUCCAUACCUAAUUUAAUAACUUUAAUAGCUCACAGUCGUCAUAUCUCAUUAGAAAUGAUAGUUUACCCUGAGCAUAUAAGUUGGCAAAAAACUGUGUGGCUGGAGGUACAGCCAUCACUGAGACGACUCCUUAACUGCUGUAUUUGGUUCCAGGCAGAAGAAAAGAUGAAGUGGACUCCGUUUCUAGUGGCUCUGAUGAGUCAGUGCUCCUUUUCCACAUGUUCCCUGUAUCAGUACCACUUUAUUAGAGAGACCAAGACCUGGUAUGAAGCUCAGACGUACUGUAGAGAGACAUAUACAGACCUGGCCACAGUGUCUGACAUGACAGACAUGAGGAGACUCUGUAGCUCUACACAGAAUCAGGAUGAAGCCUGGAUUGGUCUGCACAGCUACCCAGGAAGAGAGAACAGGAAGUGGCACUGGUCUCUGCCAGGACUGGAGUUUAAUGACACUGAUACUAGAUGGGAGCCUGGACAGCCCAAUGAUGGUGGACCAGAUGCACCGCCAGGGUCACUUCAGAAUUGUGGUACCAUAAACAAUCAAUCAUGGAAUGAUCACUAUUGUAAUAAAACAUUUCUAUUUCUCUGCUACGAUGGCAGAAAUCAAUCCAACGCAUUUCAUCAUAUUGAUAUAAACAUGACAUGGCCUCAGGCCCAGAGUUACUGCAGACAACAUUACACAGACCUGGUCGGUGGACUGGACCAGUUGAAUGAUUCAACCUUGGCAUCUUGGUCAAAUGUGAUAAUCGGUCUGUUCAGAGACACGUGGAGGUGGUCAGAUGGGAGUAACUCCUCAUUCAGAAACUGGGAAAGUCUUGAAGAUUUGGUUGAUGGACAAAGUGACAAGACAUGUGCUACUGUGUUAAACACAGCAGGAACAUGGAGCUACGACUAUUGUGAUGAAAAAAAAAACCUUCUACUGCUACGAAGAGAAACUGGUCCUGAUAAAUCAAAGUCUGACCUGGGUGGAGGCCUUGAAUCACUGCAGAGAGAAACACCAUGACUUGGUCUCCAUCACUAACCAUCACCAGCAGAGAUGGGUCCAAGAGAAAAUC